AUGAUAAUAUAAGAAGAGAGAAUCACGAGUGAUACACCCACAAAAAAAAACAUAAAAAUUGGCUUUUAUAAAACUUUAACUUAGCUUAGGAUUUUUAUGUAGAUGCUCCGUGGAUAUCAUCAAUUUCAUAUAUAACCCCGUAUUACACGCCUCUCUCUCUUCCUUAUUCUUUUGGCACUUGUCAUUUCGUAUUUGGCAUUAUUUCUUCAUAUUUACUUUCAAUAAAAGCUUCAUUUUUAUUUUUCCAAUUAUUUAACAAAAUAAAAACAAAAAAUUAUCUUCCAAUUUUAUUUCAUUUUCCCCCCCUGAAUUUUCUCUCAUUUCUUCCAGAGUUUUCUCUUUUCUUACCCCCUUUUAUCUCUUUCUUACCCACCUGAAUUUUCGUUUUGUUGUUCUGUUUCUUUGUUUUCAUUUGUCCUGAAAAUUCACAAUUUCUGGGAAUUAUUGGGAUUUUCUUGGAAAUCAGUUUGAUUAAAAAAAGAACAGAUUUUUCUGUUUUGUUCCUGAAUUAUUGCUGUUUUUUUAACUUCCCAUACACUUGGAAAUGCAUUGAACUUUGAUGGUGUAUGAGCUUUGAGGGUCAUUAUAUGGACAGCGAGGAGACUUAGUAUUUGCAAAGAUCAUUAAGCUUCAUAAAGCUGUAUUUCAGAAGCUACUAAAGAUUCGCCGUACAUAAAACUUACGUAUAUUCAUAUACUUGUAUAAAGUAUAAAUUAUUGUGGGUGAACAAAGUAGCUAAACAAUGUGGUCGCAGUUAAGCUCUCUGUUGUCUGGCAAGAUGGAUGCUCUUGCCACUUCUGAUCAUGCUUCUGUGGUCUCGAUGAAUAUGUUUGUGGCACUGCUCUGUGGUUGCAUCGUAAUUGGUCAUCUUCUAGAGGAGAAUCGCUGGAUGAACGAGUCCAUCACUGCUCUACUUAUAGGUUUGGCUACUGGGGUUGUGAUUCUGCUGAUUAGUGGAGGGAAGAGUUCGCAUCUUUUGGUUUUCAGUGAAGAUCUUUUCUUCAUAUACCUUCUUCCACCGAUUAUAUUUAAUGCAGGCUUUCAGGUGAAGAAAAAGCAGUUCUUCCGCAACUUCAUUACUAUCAUAUUGUUUGGAGCUGUUGGUACAUUGGUAUCAUUCACCAUCAUAUCUUUUGGAGCGUUGUCAAUUUUUAAGAAAUUGGAUAUUGGUUCUCUGGACUUGGCAGACUAUCUUGCUAUCGGUGCAAUAUUCGCUGCCACAGAUUCUGUUUGCACAUUGCAGGUGCUCAAUCAGGAUGAGACCCCUCUGCUCUACAGUUUGGUGUUUGGUGAGGGUGUUGUUAAUGAUGCCACAUCAGUGGUGCUUUUCAAUGCGAUUCAGAGCUUUGACCUCACAACAAUUGAUCACAGAAUUGCCUUACAAUUUAUGGGCAACUUCUUAUAUUUAUUUAUCGCAAGCACUAUACUUGGAGCAUUUACUGGCUUGCUCAGUGCUUACAUUAUCAAAAAGUUGUACUUUGGAAGGCACUCCACUGAUCGCGAGGUUGCAUUAAUGAUGCUUAUGGCUUAUCUAUCUUACAUGCUUGCUGAACUUUUCUAUUUAAGUGGAAUUCUUACAGUGUUCUUCUGUGGAAUUGUCAUGUCCCAUUAUACAUGGCACAAUGUGACGGAGAGCUCAAGAGUAACCACCAAGCAUGCUUUUGCAACACUGUCUUUUGUUGCUGAGGUUUUCCUCUUUCUAUAUGUUGGUAUGGAUGCAUUGGACAUUGAGAAGUGGAGAUUUGUGAGUGAUAGUCCUGGCACUUCUGUUGCUGUGAGUUCCAUAUUGCUUGGUCUGAUCAUGGUUGGACGAGCAGCUUUUGUUUUCCCCUUAUCAUGGUUAAUGAACUUUGCCAAGAAAUCGCAUAGUGAAAAGGUUUCCCUCAACCAGCAGGUGGUCAUAUGGUGGGCUGGUCUUAUGAGAGGUGCUGUUUCCAUGGCACUUGCUUAUAAUCAGUUUACGAGGUCAGGGCACACACAGCUGAGGGGGAAUGCAAUCAUGAUCACAAGCACUAUAACUGUUGUCCUAUUCAGUACAAUGGUGUUUGGGUUGCUGACAAAGCCUCUCAUUAUGUUUUUGCUGCCUCAACCGAAACACUUUACUAGUUGCAGCACCGUGUCUGAUCUAGGAAGUCCAAAAGCAUACUCGCCACUCCUUGAGGGCCAUCAAGAUUACGAAGUUGAUGUGGGGAACCAUGACAAUGGCACUGAGCCUACUAUAGUUCGACCUAGUAGCCUCCGCAUGCUUCUAAAUGCACCUACUCACACAGUCCAUCACUAUUGGCGCAAAUUUGAUGACUCUUUCAUGCGGCCUGUGUUUGGUGGCCGAGGUUUUGUACCCUUUGUCCCUGGUUCACCUACUGAACAAAGCACUCACAAUUUGGCAGACAGAACAUAGGAAAGUAAAUUGAGGCUUUAACCUACUGGCAAUUUGGGAGGUCGGAAAAUGCCCCAUACCAACGAAGUCUGGUGUCUGGUCUCGUGGGCGUUCCUGUUUGAAGAGUUGUACAAUAAUUCUGUUAAUAGAUUAGUAAGUUACAAUCAAUCUGCAGCUUAAAUUAUCAAUAUAUUCAAACAGUAUGGCGAUUUGUUGAUGUAUUCUUUAAUCUGGCUGUAGCUAGAAUACUCCAAUGUUUUGUAGUCCUAUAUUCAGUUAGGAUUUUCUUUUUCCUUCGAAACCGCUUUUGCAAGCAGAAGUUUGGGUUUUUUUUUUUUUUUUUUUUUCCUUUAUUGUAGAAUAAACUUCCCUUAGAACAGAGCAGAAACAAUGUUGGAGGUUUGUUUAUGUUUGUAUUGAUCAUUGUCUACCUAUAUUCUUAUGAAUGAAACCAUAAGUUUGCCAUUUCUUCUACUAACUGGGGAAGAUAUAAAUUUAUCUCCUAAUAAAAAAAUGGCAAAAUUGUAAAUUAA